AUGGCUACCGAUGCUGGACAGUCCAUGAGGGAGGCUGCUGAGACCUUCAUCGAAGCACACAAGCCCGACCACACUCCGCAGGUAAGCAACAUUUCCCAACCCGCAUCACUGACCUAUGCCGCAGCAGCCAGCCAAGCCCUCCCCGCUACGCAUGCGCAGACCUUAGCCAGGGAGAAAACUCGUGCCUGCCAGGUCAUCGUCGAUGGAGCUACUUGCAAGCACGCUGAUGGCACAGGCCUGAACGAGGACGAACUCCUCGCCAAGGCAAACACCGCCAUCGACCUAAUGGGAGUGGCACGAUCAGAUGCCCCUCCGAACUUCAAGUUCAAGUCAGUCAACUGCAUGCACAACGGAGGAAUCACUUACACCUUGGACAGCCCAGAAUCAGCUAAGUGA